UCUUUCUUUCCUGCAGAUACCCAGCUCGGUCAGAAGGUGGCAGCAGCACUGAAGGUGUUGGAGGAAGCUCUGGGACAGUACAGUCUGUCGGAGAUCAGUGUGGCCUUUAACGGUGGCAAGGACUGUACUGCCCUGCUACACCUCUACCACGCAGCCGUGAGCAGGAAGUAUCCGGACCAGGAGAACCAGCUGCAGGCACUGUACAUCCGAAUUGUUUCGGCAUUCCCAGAACUGGAGCAGUUUAUUGAGGACACAACUAAAAGGUACCAGCUGCAGAUUUACACCGUGUGUGGGGACAUCAAGGAAGCCCUGACUGACCUGAAGACACAACAGCCUCACAUCAAGGCCGUGCUGAUGGGGACAAGGCGUACAGACCCUUACUCCCGGACCCUCAGCCCCAUGUGUAUGACCGACCCUGGGUGGCCACAGUACAUGAGGGUCAAUCCCUUGCUGGACUGGAGUUACCAUGAAAUCUGGGAAUUUAUCCGAAGCCUCUACCUCCCGUACUGUAUCCUGUAUGACAAAGGUUACACCUCCCUGGGGAGUAUGGAGAACACGGCGAAGAACCCCAGCCUGCGGUACGUGAACUCCCUUGGCCUGGACAGGUACCGGCCCGCGUACCAGCUGGAGAAGGAGGAAAACGAGCGAUCCUCCCGGAAGUAGCUGGGGGCUGAUUCCCGCCCCCGCCCACCCCCCCAUUCACCAAUCCAUCCCUCUCUUCUCCCCCCCCCGCCCUUCCAUCACCCUCUCUCCCACCCCGUCUUCCUUCUCUCUCUCUCUCCCCCCCUUCUCUCUCUCUCUCUCCCCCCUUCUCUCUCUCUCUCUCUCUCUCCCCCCUUCUCUCUCUCUCUCUCUCUCCCCCCCUUUUUCUCUCCCCCCUUUCUCU